AUGGUCGACUCCGCCGACGAGCCUCCGCUGUCAAGUCAUCUACACUCAUGGGCUAAGAACACGUUCGCAGCAGCGUCGUCCCUGAACCCUCUCCGAUCUCGUCACGAAGACCCCGUGCGACCCUCCCACCCCCGAUCCGACGAUACCAGUAUCCGAUCGAACCAUGCUAGCCACGAAUCCUCUGCAGCCGGCCCUGCAUCCUCACAGUUGCACACAGAUGCAGCGGAUACAGUGCAACAAAAUCCAUCUGCUCUGGAUAAGAAAGGAGAUGGAACGCCACCUACCACCAUAGGAACUACUGCUACCCAGGUCAAGGCGCCCUUGUCCCAACGUUUUGUCCGAGAUGUCAAGCGCAUCCUCUAUUCCAGCUGGAUCAACUGGCUCCUGGUCUUUGUGCCCAUCGGCAUCAUCUUGGGAGUCCUCGUUGACUGGGUUCACACCGACCUGGUGAGCCCAAGUGCUGUAUUUGCCAUCAAUGCUGUGGCCAUCAUUCCCCUGGCUUCCCUACUUGCAUACGCGACAGAAAGUGUCGCUGUCAAGCUAGGCGACACCAUUGGUGCUUUGUUGAAUGUUACCUUCGGCAACGCUGUCGAGCUGAUCAUCUUCAUAAUCGCAUUAGCUGCAAAUGAAGUCCGUGUUGUCCAAGCUGCUGCUCUCGGCUCGAUCCUGUCUAAUCUACUUCUGAUUCUGGGCAUGUGCUUUGUCGCCGGAGGUCUGCGAUUUCGAGAACAGCUGUAUAACGCCACCGUCUCUCAAAUGAGCGCCUGUUUGCUCUGUUUGAGUGUCAUCAGCCUGUUGUUACCCACAGCAUUUCAUGCCUCGUUCUCAAACACCAACCGUGCCGAUCAUGUCGUCUUGAAAGUGUCCAGAGGUACUAGCGUAGUCCUUCUACUGGUCUAUAUCAUGUACCUCCUCUUUCAGCUCAAGUCACACGCCUUCAUGUAUCAAAGCACACCUCAGCAUCUCAUUGACGAGGAAUCUCAUCCUGGGCUUCUUGCUGAUAUCCUAAAUUCGUCGAGCUCCAAUGAAAGCUCCAGCUCCGGCUCCGGCGAUUCGGAUUCUAGCUCUGGUUCCCACACUACUGCCAAACGCUUUCGGCGUGCUCUACGUCGAAAGAGGCGCAAGUCAACCUCGAGCACCAAGGACAGUGUCACUGCCGCGGCACUCAGACGAAGUCCCUCGGUUCUUACUGGACCUGGCGGGGCAACGAACCAAAACGCUAUGUCCGCCCCUCAUGACCUCGAGCCUGUCUUUAGUGGUGACGAGGCGGAUGUGGACGGUGAGGGCAGAACUGGCAGGCAACGCUCUCGUGUCAGAGCUGUCCAUUCCCGGCAAUUCGAGAGCGGAGUUCAGCAGGAUCAGUUAUCUGAAAAGUCGAAGAAGUAUCACAAAAAGUCCAAGAAGUCGAAACGUUCCAAAAAGGAAGAGAAGCAAAAAGAGAUUGACGAGAAAGGAGUAGCACUGGAAAAAGAGCCAGUCAUCAAGACAACAACCACAACAUCCUUAUCCACUUCGAAUACGCUGCUACCUCAGGUCGGAUUUGCUUCCGAGGUUCAGGAGAUUCCGGCUGAUGGUCCACGUAAAUCUUUCAACAUUCGCAAUAUUGGUGAUGCCGUGAAGCCAGCAUUCAGCUCGACAGUUUUUCCUCAUCAUCAAGCCCUUGGUAGAUCUCUGGCAAUCCCUAUCCGGCCACUAUCACAGUCAAGAUCUGGCUCUCGCGGUCUGCGCCGGGCUUCAUCCAUGCCCGAUAUGAUACACCCUGUUGUUUCCGUCGGAGUGGACCAAUCAAACCAAGACGGCGUAACUGUCCCUGCCCAGCCUUUAACCUCAGAAUUCGGAACGGAAGUGGUUACCGAAGAAGUGGUGGAGACAAAAGAACAUCUCUCACGUACUUCUGCCGUCAUCCUCCUGCUCGUUUCCACUGGACUUGUGGCACUCUGUGCUGAGUUCCUCGUUGGAAGCAUCGACUACCUCAUUUCGAGCAGCGGAGUCUCUCAAGCAUUCAUUGGUCUCAUCAUCCUUCCCAUCGUAGGCAAUGCGGCAGAGCACGUCACCGCGGUGACAGUUGCCGCCAAAAACAAGAUGGAUCUCGCAAUCAACAUCGCCUUGGGCAGUAGUAUUCAGAUUGCUCUGUUCAUCACCCCUCUCAUGGUCAUCCUUGGCUGGAUUAUCGGGACGGAUAUGAGUCUUUAUUUCAGCCUUUUCGAAACCAUCAGCUUAUUUGCUAGUGCCCUCAUUGUUGGGUUUUUGAUGAUUGAUGGUCGAAGCAAUUAUCUUGAAGGAGCGCUGUUGAUUGCAGCCUACACCAUCAUUGCCGUCGCCGCCUUUUUCUAUCCUCCGACUUGUGAUUUGAGCUCGGCCAGUGGACCGCUGGAAGGGACCACCCGUUGUUAG